AUGGCAAUGCUCUUCAUAUUCGAACUAGAUGAUGUGUUGACUCUCAUUGAUAUCGUUGACCUUGUUUUUGGUCACUUCGAGAGUCUUGAGGAUAUGCUUCUUCAAAAGGCAUUCUCACUACUUGGAAAGGAACUCAUCGAUCUUGAAGAACCGAAUGCUCAUGGUAUUACAGAGCAUGACGCGUCACUCACAUGGGAGGAUUUCCCUGGCGACAGUCUCCAUGUUAACAUUGACCAACUCAACGCACUCCUUGCCGACACAUCAGAUAGCUACCUCAGCGUUGCCUCCCUGGUUAGGAGCCGCAACCGAGUUGAAGCAUUAUCCCCUCCCCUGACCGCUGCCUUCAAGGGACAGUCACUGGGCGAGGCAGCGCUCAUCCUCAUGAUCAUGAGCCAGGACCCUAUCCCUCCAACAGGUACCGCUGAAGACUAUGGACGUCUGCGGGCACCAAAAGAUCGCGUUUCUUUGUGGUUGAGCUACGAAAGGCUACCUGUGGAGGCAGGGUGGAGUGCACCAUCCCACCCAUUUUGGCCUCGACAUUGGGCUUGA